AAUGCGGUAGAAUCGAAAAUGGAAGAUGGGUUCUCAACAGCUGGUUAUGCUGGUAGUCAUACCCAUCCCCGCUUUCUUAUACCGCGUAUUGUCGCUACUCUGUGAAUUCUCACACAGCAGUUGAGUUGCAGAUAUUCGUUCGCGUAAUAUGUGUGUGCAAUCGAAGUAACGAGUGACUGAAAUAAUUGGUUUAUGAUUUUGUUCAGUGAUUUUUCAUCAUUUUUCUACCAGUGCGCGUGAGUGAAGUUUUUCAGAACAAACUGCGGAAAACAUUUAGUGUGCUACUGCGUGUACUUCGGAGGGAAAAAAAGUGCAUACUGGUUUUAAUUUAGGAUACUAUUGCUUAUUUACUCUCAUUCUAAAAGGAUUCGCCCACUAAAAGAAGGGCGCAGUAUGAUCCCAGAGUUGGACGAAACGUCUGACCUCAAACAAAUUGUUUUGCAUUCCUAUUCAUUCCUAUUUAUCGACUACCAAGACAUCAACCACAGAUUUAGAGGAGAAUGACUCAAAGGGAGGACGUUCUUAAAUUUGAGCAAGGUCGAAUUAAGGCCUUGCAAGAAGAGCGUCUUCAUAUUCAGAAAAAGACAUUCACAAAAUGGAUAAAUUCAUUUUUAUUGAAGGCUCGCAUGGAGGUGGAGGAUCUGUUUACGGAUCUUGCAGAUGGGAAGAAACUCUUAAAACUACUCGAAAUCAUUUCCGGUGAGCGUUUGGCGAAACCUAAUAAUGGACGGAUGCGAGUACACAAGAUUGAAAAUGUCAACAAAUCAUUGGCAUUUUUGCACACAAAGGUUCGAUUGGAAAGUAUUGGAGCAGAAGAUAUUGUUGACAGAAAUCCUCGUUUAAUUUUGGGUUUAAUUUGGACCAUAAUUUUGAGGUUUCAAAUUCAAGAAAUUGAAAUUGAUGUGGAUGAAGAAAAUGAGAGUAGCGAGAAGAAAUCUGCAAAAGACGCUCUUCUUCUCUGGUGUCAAAGAAAGGCGAAUGGUUAUAAUGGAGUUAAUAUUCAAGAUUUUACCGUUUCUUGGAGAAGUGGACUUGGUUUCAAUGCUCUCAUUCAUGCGCAUAGACCAGACCUGUUCCAUUGGUCGGAACUUCAACAAGGCAGACACAUUGAUAAUCUUAAUCAUGCUUUUGACAUGGCAAACUCAGAGCUGGGAAUUCCUCGUCUACUUGACGCCGAGGACGUGGACACUGCAAGACCCGAUGAAAAGUCAAUUAUCACCUACGUCGCCUCCUACUAUCACACCUUUGCCCGAAUGAAAAAUGAAAUUAAAAGUGGCAAAAGAAUCGCCAACAUCGUCGGUCAAAUGAUGGACGCCGACAAGAUGAAAGUUCACUACGAAAAAUUGACGACCGAUCUAUUGGAAUGGAUCAAAAUGAAGACAAAAAUCUUGGAGAACAGAGAUUUUCCCAAUUCCCUCGAAGGAAUACAACGUGAACUUUUAGCUUUCAAGCAGUAUCGAACAAUUGAAAAACCUCCCAAGUAUAAGGAACGAUCGGAAAUCGAGGCUUUGUUUUUUCACAUUAAUACUCAGUUGAAGUCAUUGAACCAGCCGGCGUUUGUGCCUCAGGAGGGACAGUCGGUGAAUGACAUCGAGAGAAAUUGGGUGGAGCUGGAGAGAUCGGAGCAUAGACGAGAAGUUGCACUGAGGACGGAGCUCCUGCGGCAGGAGCGAUUGGAGCAGUUGAAUUAUAAGUUUGAGCGGAAAAGUGUUUUGCGAGAAGGUUAUCUUAAGGAGAUGAUUCAGGUUUUGUCGGAUCCACGGUAUGGAAGUAAUCUUACGCAAGUCGACGCGACGGUUAAGAAGCACGAGGCGAUUAGCGCCGAUAUUCUAGCACGAGAGGAACGAUUUCACGAUUUGACGAAUAUGUCCGAGGAACUUGUGAGAGAGAAGUAUCACGGUUUGGAGAACGUUCGAGUACGGGAGCAGGAAGUUUUGCAAAGAUGGAAGGAACUUUUGAAACUACUCGGACAUCAUAAAACAAAUCUCGCUGCUUUGAGUUCGCUGAUGAAUCUAAUGAGGGAGAUUGAUACGACCCUAGCCUCGAUAUUGGAAUUACAGUUCAAUUUCCAGAGUGUGGACGUUGGACCCCAUUUACUCGGCGUUGAGGACCUUCUCCAGAAGCACAGUCUUCAGGAGUUGCAAGUAACCGCCUUGGGGGAGAAUCAAAGACGACUUGGCAGACAAGCGGCUCAAUAUCUCACCGAACCGUUGAGUAAAGAGGCUCUAAUGCUCCAGGAGAAGUUAAAUCAUCUCAACCACGUCUAUCAGGGUCUCACCGAGAACUCCAAGGAGCGUAAGACUCGAUUGGAAGACGCUCGGAACUUUUUCCACUUCCUUCAGGAUCACGAAGACGAGGAGUCUUGGUUAAUCGAAAAGCAAAGGAUCUGCAAAGCUGGAAUAUCAGCGAAGGAUUUAAGAGCCGUUAUCUCCUUGCAGCAGAAGCACAAAGUCCUGCAGGAUGAGAUGAAGGUUCGACGGCCAAAGUCCGAGCAACUUGUGAACGUUGGCAAAAAACUGAUAAACGAUAAUCAUUCCUCGUCAAUAGAGAUUCAGAAUCGAAUCGACUCCCUACAGGAGCAUUGGAAAGUUCUCGAGGAGUUGGCUGCGUUGAGAAAGAAGCAGCUCGAUGAGGCCGCAGAGGCUUUUCAAUUCUACGCUGACGCGAAUGAAGCCGAUUCCUGGAUGAAUGAAAAAUUGACCCUAGUUGUUUCGGAGGACUUCGGAGUCGAUGAACCAAGUUCUCAGGCACUUUUACAAAGACACAAGGAUCUGCAGGGGGAAUUAAAUGCCUAUAAAGGAGAUGUUCAGUCCCUGCAAGUUCAAGCGGAGAAAUUGAUCAAAGCCGGUAUUUCGACUCUCGAAUUGUCAGCCGAUCCGAAGCCGGUCGCGGAACUAGAGCAGGAGGAAUGGAGCAAGGAAAUUCGUCUCCUCCCGCAGGACGAAUGGAUCGAUGAGAUUGUCGAGCGGUUGGAGUGCAGGACAAUUUUGGAAGAUCGCCUAGUUCCGCAAGUGAAGAGCCUGUAUCCGUUCAGUGGUCAAGGGAUGCAUAUGUAUAAAAGUGAAGUCAUGUUCCUGUUGAACAAAACUAAUCCCGAUUGGUGGAGUGUACGUAAAAGUGAUGGCAACGACGGUUUUGUACCCGCAAACUACGUGCGGGAAAUCGAGCCUAAAAUUAUACAAGUGCAGGUUAAGAAACCCGAGAAGGUGAGAGUGACCCAACGGGUAAAGAAGACGAGAAUGGUCAAACAAGUCGUGCCCGUACGAAGAGUAAAGUCCAUCAAGUCGACAGUCAAGCCGAUAAAACGACAAGCGGCGAAUAGUAGCGACAGUGUCGAGAAGCGGAUCGAAAAGAUCAACGACACCUAUGCUCAGUUACAGGAACUAGCUGUCAACCGUCACGCCCUCUUGGAGGACGCCAUCAGACUAUACGGUUUCUAUCGGGAAUGCGACGACUUCGAGAAGUGGAUCAAGGAUAAAGAAAAAAUGCUUAGAACAGACGAUUCCCGGGACAAUGUCGAGUCCGCGAAACGUAAAUACGAAAAGUUUUUGACCGACCUCUCGGCUUCUGGCAAACGGGUCGAAUUGAUCGACACGGCAGUGGAGGACUUCGUAAAACAAGGACAUAGUCAACUAGACAAAGUGAAAGCGCGACAAAAGCAUAUCAAUCAGUUGUGGAAUCAUCUAAAUUGGCUGAAGGCGCAGAAGGAGAAGAGCCUCGAGGGCGCGUCGAGUGUGGAACUAUUCAACAGAACUUGUGACGAAGCACACGAUUGGAUGUUGGAGAAAAUAACUCAACUUGACACUGCAGAGCUGGGUCCGGAUUUAAAAACGGUUCAAGCUUUGCAAAGAAGACAUCAACACUUGGAACGAGAGUUAGCGCCCGUAGAGGAGAAGAUCCGUAAAGUAAAUCUCUUGGCGAACAGUGUAAAGAGUUCGUAUCCGAACGAACUGGCGAAUGUCAAUACGCGACAGAACGAAAUUCGGGAUUUGUGGCAUAAAGUCCAGUCGAAGGCGAAGGAGAGAAGAUCGCGUUUGGAGGACGCGGUUGGUCAGCAGAUAUUCAUGAACAGUUCGAAAAAUCUAAUCAACUGGGCGGCUGAUAUUCAGGAUACGAUAAAGCAUGAGGAACCCGUAAGGGACGUGGCGACUGCGGAAAAAUUGAGAAAGUUACACACUGAGCUCGGGGAGGAAGUAAAGGCGCAUGAGGACGAAUUCCGCGAAGUCGAGGAACUUGGCACGCAGCUAUUGUAUCGUAAUUCGACUUUGAUGGAGAUUAGGGAGAGACUUGGGAAGUUGACCGGUUUGUACCAAACUGUCUCCUCGGAUUGGACCGCAAAGGACCGCUGGUUGCGACAGUGUUUGAAGCUGCAGCAGUUCAACCGCGAGGCUGAUCAAAUUGACGCGACGACAAGUUCCCAUCAGGCGUUCUUGGAGUUUUCGAAUUUGGGCGAAUCGUUGGACGACGUGGAGGCUUUAUUGAAGCAGCAUGAGAAGUUUGAGAAUACGCUUCAUGCGCAGGAUGAUAGGUUGAAGGCGUUCAGUGACUCGGCGGAUAAAUUAAUCCAACAGAAUCAUUACGAUCAGAGUUAUAUUAAUGACAAACGAAAACAAGUGAUUGCGAGAAGAGCUGCGGUUAAAGAAGCCGCACAACAGCGACGAACCGCUCUCAAGGCCUCUGAAUACUAUCAACAAUUCUCGGCCGAAUUGGACGAUCUAAAGGAUUGGCUGGGCGAUAAAAUGAAGACAGCGUCCGACGAAAGUUACCGGGACCUGAACAAUCUUGAGCGAAAACUCCAGAAGCACGAAGCCUUCGAGAGAGAAUUACGCGCAAACGAAGGCCAAUUACGUGCUGUUAAUAAAGCCGGCAAAGCUUUAAUAUCAGAGGAGAAUUAUCGAUCAGACAACGUCGGCAGGACACUAAAGGACCUCAAUGCUCAAUGGGAUCAAUUGGUAUCACUUUCGCUGGAAAAAGGCCGUCGGCUAAGACAAGCGGCUUGUCAACACGGUUACAAUCGAACGAUCGAAGACGCAAGAACAAAGUUAGAAGAAAUCGAAAACGGUCUACAGAGCAAACAAGUAGGUUCGGAUCUAAGAAGUUGUAAAGAAUUGCUGAAAAAGUAUCAUAUUCUUGAAAGUGAAUUAACUCAGUGGGAGCAGAAAAUAGACGAUUUAGUUGCAAUUGGUUAUGAAAUGGCCCAUGAAGGUCAUUUUGAUGCGGAUAAUAUUUUAAAACUCAGUCAGGAUACGCAGAAGAAAUUGCAUAGUUUGAAGGAACCAUCACAAAAGAGACGCGAGGCCUUGGAGGAAAGUCUUCGGUUUCAUAAUUUUGGUUUUGAACUUGACGCUGAAUUGCAUUGGAUUAAUGAUCAUUUACCUCAAGCUUGUUCGACUUCGGUUGGACAAAAUUUACAUCAAACACAAUCUUUACACAAGAAGCAUAAGAAACUUGAAGCUGAAAUAAUGGGACAUCAACAUAUGAUUGAUAAGACUCUUGCUUCGGGACAAACAUUGAUCGAUCAGUUUCAUCCUGAGAAAAAGAAGAUCCGAGAACUGUGUGAAGACUUAACAAAUUCAUGGAAGAAUCUACAAGAUCGUGCUACUGAACGAAGUCACUCAUUAGAUCUAUCAUUGAGGGCUCAGCAAUUUUUCUUCGAAGUCGGUGAGGUAGAAAGUUGGCUCAGCGAAAAGAAUGAUGUACUUAAUUCCACUGAUUAUGGAAGAGAUCGCGAUGCUGCUACAAAACUGCUCACGAAGCAUAAAGCUUUAGAACUGGAAUUGGACACUUACAAUGGCAUUGUUACCGAAAUGGGACACACCGCCUCGACGAUGAUAAACUCCAAGCAUCCAGACAGCAAGGCAAUUGCCGCGAAGCAACAGACAAUAAUUCAACAAAUACGCGCAUUACAGAGAUUAGCCACCGUGAGGCAGCAACGACUCAUGGAAAGUAUGUACAGACACGAAUAUUUCCUCGAAAGCACCGAGUUAGAACAGUGGAUUAAGGAGCAAGAACAAUCCGCAGCUUCUGAGGAUUACGGUCAAGAUUUUGAGCAUCUUCUCAUUCUGCAGGCGAAGUUCAAUGACUUUAAGCAUAGAAUCGAAGCCGGUUCGGAGAGAUUCAAUCAGUGCGAAGUGCUGGCGAAAAAGUUAAUCGCCAAUGAGAGUCCCUACAUUCAGGAUAUAGAGAAACGUCAGAAGCAAUUGGCGGAUUCUUGGCAGUAUCUUUUAGGGUUGAUUCGAAAUCGAGAGCAACGAAUUCAAGCGGCGGGAGAAAUUCACCGUUUCCAUCGCGACGUGGCCGAGGCUCUUUCGCGAAUACAGGAGAAAGAGGCCGCCCUUCCUGAUGAUUUGGGACGAGACUUGAACUCGGUUUUGUCACUAAUUCGACGACAUGAAGGUUUUGAGAACGAUUUAGUAGCUUUGGAGGCUCAACUACAAGUUUUGGUGGAGGACGCCGCGAGACUUCAGGUCCUCUAUCCGGGAAACAACGCAACACACAUUGACCAACAACAAAAAAUCGUUGUUCACAGUUGGGAGGAAUUAAAAGAGCGAUCCGCUCACAGGCGCGAUCAGUUGCAGGCCAGUUGCGACCUCCAACGAUUUUUAACUCAAGUGAGAGAUUUAAUAAACUGGGUGGCCGGACUUCGGGCCUCGAUGUCAACCGAAGAGAAAGUGCGCGACGCCGCUAGUGCCCAAUCCCUGAAAGCUGAACACGAAGCCGUGAAAGGCGAAAUCGAAGCCAGGGAAGAUAGUUUCAGUUCUGUCCUCGACCUCGGGGAAGCGAUGGUCCAAACCGGUCAUUACGCCGCAGCGGAAGUGGAAGAAAAGUGCAACCUUCUUCUCGAAGAAAGGCAGAAGCUCCACACAUCCUGGCAGCAGAAGAAGAUCCACUUGGAUCAACUUAUCGAUCUGCAUUUCUUCCUUCGGGACGCGAAGCAACUUGACAAUUUAUCCCUCACACAAGAAGCGGCCUUAAAUGGCGACAAUUUUGGCAUUUCCGUCGAAGAGGUGAAUGCACAAGUGAAGAAACAUAACGAAUUCGAAAAAGUGCUGAUUACCCAAGAGGAGAAACUGGUUGCUCUACAAGAGCAUGGCGACAAACUUUUGGCUCAGAAUCAUUUCGAAUCGCAUACGAUUGGAAAUCGAUUGAAUCAAGUUGUCCAGCGGAGGGCGAAGGUGCGCGACUUGUGUCAAGUGAAGAAGAAGAAACUGGAAGCUAGUCUUCUUCACGCUCAGUUUAUCCGCGACGUUGGCGAAGCUGAAUCCUGGAUUGAGGAGAAGCAGAAGAAACUCGAAGCUGAGACUUGUAAAGGAAACGUCUCGAGUCUUGAGGAAAAGAUAAAGAAGUUGCAGAAGCACCAGGCUUUUCAGGCCGAACUCGCGGCUAAUCAGAGCAAAGUCGAGGAAAUUAAGGCUAAAGGCGAGACGCUACUUUUGCAGAAACAUCCCGCGAGUCUGGAGAUUAAGCAGCAGGUCGAUAUCCUGAAUACAUCCUGGAAGAAUCUUCUCCAUGAAUCCGGAAAUAGGGGUCGGGGUUUGGAAGAGGCACAAGAUAUUUUGGAGUUUAACAACCAAGUGGAGAAAAUCGAGGCCUGGAUCCGCGACAAGGAAAUGAUGGUCCAAGCCGGGGAGACUGGGAAAGAUUACGAGCACUGUUUGGGUCUUCAAAGAAAACUCGACGAUGUUGACAGUGACAUGAGAGUCGACGAUGCGAGAAUUAAAGUCAUAAACGCCUUGGCCGACAAGCUAAUCAAACAAGGUCAAGACAACGAUUCGAAAUCAGUUCAACAACAAAGGGACAAUUUCAACAAAAAAUGGAGAGGUCUACAAGGCGCCUUAUCCAAUUACCGAGAAAUUCUAGCCGGUGCCUUGGAAAUCCAUCUCUUCAAUCGCGACAUCGAUGACACCAGUCAAAGAGUAAUUGAGAAAUCAAUGCUCAUGAAUUCCUCCGACAUUGGCAAGGAUCUAAGCGACGUUGAACAUUUACAACGUAAACAAGAGACACUCGAGAGGGACAUGACUGCGAUAGAAGGAAAAAUAAAGGAGCAUCAAACCGAAGCUCUGAAUCUAUGCAAAAAGUAUCCGGAGAACGCGAAGGAAAUCAGUUCCAUUUUGUCCGAAUUACAAGGAAACUGGAAUCAAUUGCAACAAUUAUCGCAGACACGUCGCGAAACUCUAAACCAAGCUUACACGAUUCACAAAUUCCAGGCCGACCUUCACGAACUUGAGAUUUGGGUGGCCGAUACAAUAAAGCGAAUGGAGGACGCUGAGUCAGCGACGACUAUCGCUGAAGCCGAAGCUUCGCUCGAAUUGCAUCAGGAAAGAAAGGCGGAAAUCGACGGUAGGAAAGAUACAUUUAAUCUCUUGAUCGAACACGGUAGGAAGCUUCUCCCAAUCGGGGAGAAUGUGCAGGAGAAUCUUGAUUAUCUCGAAAGGCUGCGAGAAGACCUCCUAGAUGCUUGGAUUAAUAGACGACGAAAGUUGACCCAAGCGCAUCAGUUGCAAAUCUUCAAGGAACAAACGAAUCAAGCGGACAACUUCCUAGGAACUAAGGAGGCUUUCCUAAAUAACGAAGACCUGGGCGAAUCUCUAUCCGGCGUAGAAGCACUUCUCCGAAAGCAUGAAGAAUUCGAAAAAAUGCUCAUGUCCCAAAUGGGCCGAAUUGACGAUCUGGAAAAAUUUGCGGGUGUUAUAUCCGUCGAACACUACGAGGCGAACACGAUUCAGCAGCGACUGGCUUCUGUUUGCGCCCGAAAGGAUAAGUUAAAGAACAGUGCGCUGUUAAGAAGGAAAAAGUUACUCGAAAGUCAUCAAUUGCACCAAUUCUUAAGGAACAUUCACGAAGUCGAGAGUUGGUUAAAUCAGAAACAACAAGUUGCGAGUGAUGAGAAUUAUCGAGAUUCGACUAAUUUACAGACCAAGAUACAAAAACACGUGGCGUUCGAGAGUGAGUUAGCGGCCAACAAGGGGAGAAUCGCGUCCGUAAUCAGUGAGGGAGAGGGACUCAUCGAGGAAAAUCAUUAUGCCUCCAAGGAAAUACAGGAGAGGUUGGAAGUUUUCGAAGCCGAAUGGCGACUUGUUCAGGAAACAAGCGAAUUGAAGAAAAACAGACUCAAUGAUGCUUAUCAGGCUCUUUUGUUCGGACGAACCUUAGACGAAUUCGAAGCCUGGAUGGACGAGGCCGAAACACAACUCCAGUCGGAGGAUCAUGGAAAAGAUCUCUCGAGUGUCGCUAACUUGUUAAAAAGACAUACGAAUUUGGAAAACGACGUUCUAGGUCAUAAUGACGCUUGCGAGACGAUAAAAGAAACCGCCUCCGCAUUCCAAAGAUCGAAACACUUCAUGUGCGAAGAGAUUCAAGAGCGGGCUAAUGCGACAAUUAUGCGAUUUCAUAGUCUACAGGAGCCGAUACAGAUACGACGGGAUAACCUAGAGGACGCGAAACUACUGCAUCAGUAUGCGCGGGACGUGGAGGAUGAACUUCACUGGUUAUCGGAGAAGGAACUAAUAGCUGCUAGUGCAGACCUUGGGAAUUCUCUAAUGUCCGUUCAGAGAUUGCAGAAGAAACACCAGUCACUGGAAACGGAGCUAAUAUCCCGAGAACCGGUCGUCGCUUCCCUAGCCAGUAGAGCUGCGGCCAUGAUCCGAAGUGGUCACUUCGCUUCAUUGAAAAUCGAAUCCCUUUCCAAGGAGUUGCAGGAAAAGUUAACUCACCUAAGAGAUUUGGCCUGUAUAAGAAAAUUGAGAUUACUCGACGCGGUUGAAUCGCAAAUGUUCUACGCUGAGGCAACCGAAGCAGAACAGUGGAUAAAGGAGAAAUACCCCCAACUCGCUUCUUCGGACUGCGGAAAAGACGAGGACUCAGUGCAAUCUCUCCUGAAAAAACUCGAAGGAAUCGAGCGGGAUCUCUCUGGUUUUCGUAGUACUAUCGAAAAUCUAAAAACUCUCUCUCGGGGUCUAGUCGAACGGCACCAUUUCGACAGUAAGACGAUUUCGAACAAACAAGUUGAGAUAGAGCACAAAUUCGAGGAUCUACAAGCACUGAAGGAGCGAAGAUCCCAAAGAUUGUUGGAGAGCGAAAAGUAUCAUAAAUUCAUCCGACAAGCGGACGAGGUUAUUGAGUGGAUAGGCGAUCAGACGACAGUCGCCGCAUCCGAAGACUACGGUCGGGAUGUUGAACACGUAGAGCUGUUGAUUCAAAUCUUCGAUAACUUUCUCAGCGGGCUGACGACCAGCGAGGGACGAGUUAUCAACAUAAUAGACGCUGGUCAGGCCCUAAUCGAGGAGAACAAUCCCGAGUUGAUUCGAAUUCAUAAAAAAAUCGACGAAACAAAGCAACAGUGGGAGGAUCUUAAGGAGUUGGCCCACGCCCGUCAGGAGGCUCUAGCGGGCGCGAAGCAGGUUCACAUGUUCGAUAGAACGGCCGACGAGACAAUUGCCUGGAUUCAUGAAAAGGAGGCUAUUCUCAGUUCCGAUGGUUAUGGCGACGAUUUGGAGACGAUUCAGGCUUUGGUGCGAAAACACCAGGGUUUUGAGACGGAUCUGGCGGCUGUUAAGGAACAAGUGGAGGGUGUAAUCGAAGAGGCGUCGAGAUUAGCGGAACUGUUUCCGGACGCCAGGGAACAUAUCGCGGUUAAGCACGAAGAAGCCGAUGAGGCUUGGGUCGAACUUCUGAAAAAAGCAGCGCAACGAAGAAGUAAAUUAUCCCAGGCGGAACAAUUACAGGCCUACUUUGAUGAGUACAGGGAUCUUAUUUCUUGGAUUAAUGAAAUGGUCGCUAAGGUAACGGCACCCGAGCUAGCGCGCGACGUCUCUGGAGCUGAGGUCCUCAUCUCUAGGCAUAGUGAAUACAAGGCCGAGAUCGACACCCGAAACGACGCUUUUAAUAACUUUUCCCGUACAGGACAAGAUUUGAUCGAACAAGGCCACUUUUUAGCUAAGGAAAUCGAGGAUAAGAUUUCGGUCCUAGAGCAGAGGAAACAAGUGCUAAAGGACAUUUGGCAGCAGAGGAAGCUCGUCUACGAGGAGAAUCUCGACACCGAAAUAUUUAAGCGCGACGCGGAGAUCUUGGAAAACUGGAUAGUUAGUCGCGAACCGAUGCUACAUGACGGAGUGUUGGGGGAAUCGAUCUCCCAGGUCGAGGAACUGAUCCGCAAGCACGAGGACUUUGAAAAGACGAUUCAGGCGCAGGAGGAUAAGUUCGAGGCGCUUAAGCGAGUGACAAUGUUGGAGAAGACUUUCCAACGGCAGCUCGAGAUGGAAAUGGCGGCUCGACAGGCGGAGAAGGAGCGAGUGGAGAGGACGAGACUGGAGGAGAGGAAGCGAAAGGAAGUGCAGAGAAUAACCGAGGAGCGGAAGAGGGAAGAGGAGCGGAGAAAGCACUCGGAUGGCGCGAACCGACACGAGGAGUUCAAUGGAAAGGAUCAUCGACUCUCGCCCCUAAAAGUCAGCGCUGUGGAAAAAGGGGAAAGUCCCAGUGAUCAAAAAUCCUACGGAAUUACGCACAUUUUCGGCGAACGGCUAAAGAGAACCACGGCGGAUAUAAAGCGAGCGGAGAGUAUGAAAGUAGACACGAAGAAGCCAAAAAGAACUCCUAGUUUCACAACCCGACGGCGGACGCAAAGUUUCCGGAAACAUCAGCGAAUAGAGAACAUGAACGACUUACCACCGGUGGAAAUCCAAGGAAUGUUGGAGAGAAAACACGAACUGCAGAACGGUGGGAAAAAAGCCGCGGUCCGUUCCUGGAAACAGUAUUACACAGUUCUUUGCGGACAACUCUUGUGCUUCUUCAAAGACAUUGAGGACUUCGUGCUAAGCAAAGCCGCCACCGCUCCGAUCACAAUCUUCAACGCUACUUGCGAGAAAGCCGAGGACUACACAAAAAGAAAAAAUGUCUUCCGCCUCAAGUGCACCGACAACUCCGAAUUUCUAUUCCUAGCGCCCAGUAGACAGGAAAUGGAAGACUGGGUGAACAAAAUCUCCUUCCACGCCAAACUUCCGCCUUGCAUGCAACUAUUGAGUUAUGACGAAUCACAGAAGGAGGGUUUGGAGAGAUUGAAAGGCCAUGCAGACGAUACACUCUCAACGGGAAGUAGUCGUACAUCAACUCCUGAAUUGGAGAGAAGAAAUUCCGUCAUAAGACGAGAUGUUGGAGAUAAUUCGAAUAAAGGACAAACGGAAUAUUUACCAGUACAAAGACACAAUCAACAAGCACCGCGUAAGGAUGUGAAGAAUUCAGAACCCGUCUCACCGCAACAUUCUAUUGAUCCGCCACAACAAAUGCAUCAGGAAUAUUUACAAAUUCAUAAGCAACAGCAAAUUAUGCGGCAAGAUCAAAUUCCUGUGAGGGACUUUAAUAAACACAUGAAUGAUUUGAGUGAUAAACCGCCGAUUCCGCCCAGGAAUGUGACAACGUUUAUUCCUGCUAAAUCUCCAAGUUCUGAGAAUGUUGUUCAUCGAUAUAGUGAUGGAAACCAACAUGUGCAGCAGGCAAGACCUCAGUCGUAUCAAUAUCAGCCACGUAUUAAUUUCAGUCAUAAUGGAUCCGGUCAAUACUCUUCCAAUGAAGAUUUUAACCGUUCGCACAGCAUAGAUCCUAAUCUUCAGCAUGCAGAUUUAGUGCCUCCUCUGCCUUCAAGUGCUCCACCAACAAACAGAGCACCCCAAUGGAAUACUGGAGUAAUUGAUCCUGUUUACGGCAAUAUGGUGCCAAGUCCUAGACAGGGUGGACCAGUAACAGUUAAUACGUUCACUGGCAGACCAUCAUCUCUACCUCCCUACAUAUCACCGCCACCUGCCAUAAUUCAAGAAGGUCAAAAUAUUUCAGUGGUCGAUGGAAGAAGGCCAUCUGAAAGUGGAUCGGAAAGCGAACAAAAUGCAACAGGAUAUCGUAAAGAUCGAGAUUUUAAAAGAAGUUCUGUUUUGAGUAAUCUUUUCGGAAGAAGAAAAAAGCCAUCUCAAACCUAAAAUUUUGUAGAUCCGUUAAAUAUUUUUAUAUUUUAUAUAUAUAUAUACAAUUACAUGUAUCUGUUAUAAUGGAACCCUAUAGAUAUAUAUUCAUUAUAAACGGACCAAACGAAACAAUUUCCUUUCUAUUCAGUCAUAAAUUUUGAAAAUUAAUUUCAAUUUAAUAUGAAUAUGCUUUUUGUAUAUAUAAAAUAUUUUUGUUGAUUGAAAAUGUAUCAAAAAAUGAAUUACAUAUAUUUUUUAAUAAAAAAGAGGUUCGAUAAUAUUUUUUUUUUGAAGACAAAGACUUGUUAAUUAAAUGAAAUUCGAAUUUAUAACAGAUUAUUUUUUCAGAUAUUUAAUGUUUUAUGAUAUAAAGUCGUGUAUUUUAUAAAUGCGAAAUGUGGAAAAGAAUAAUUUAAGAAACAAAAGAAGACCAUUUUUCGCAUGAUUCAAGUAAUAUUGAUUUUUUAUUUUUGUAAUACAAGGCUUCUGACUGCAACUGUAAAUUUCAAUAUAAUUAUUAGCAAUUAACUAUAUAAAUAUAUAUAUUAUAUUAAAUGUAUCACUUCCCAAAAAUGAUUUAUCAAUAUGUCGGUUUAAUGUGUACCUGACCUUGACGGUAAAGAAAUUACUUUAUAUUUCAUGGUAGUUGAAAUUAUAAUUGUUUAUAUUGUAGAUGACAUAAUACUUAUAAAUUAUAAAUAUUCUAUGAUGAAAGUAACAGUUGGGACCAAUGACUGUAUUAAUCAAGAUCCUAAAAUAUUUCUGUACUUUUGAAUAAAGAAAAUAUUUUUAAAUACUA